UGCGUAACACAUAUCAAGGACAGUCACCACCAGAAAGAGGCUUAUCGAGAAUGUACAAAUACAGGGCGCUUGCUGACCCUGCUGUUGACAUUCGACUGCUCGACAUCCUACCUGGCAGCCCGGACGACGAAAUAUCCCUCAACAUCAUUCACGUCACUCUCCCCAGAUGCCGUGGACAUUCGAGCGGCAAAACAAGAAGGCGUUUGACGCUCGCACAGCUACAAGAUACAGUUCCGCCUGGAUGGUUGGCCUGCAUCACCACCGAGGGCCGAUACAUCUUCAAUAGCGAGGGGGAUAAGCAAAGCAAGAACUGGCAAUGGGAACACCCGGACUCGACCUUUGACAAGACCAAGUACGAACUUGCGACUGACCCGGAUCUCGACGACCAAUCUCCUGGGUCCACGCCGAUGAAGGAGACCAGCCCGCCAGUACCGCUGAAGUACGAGGCCCUGUCGUAUACAUGGAACACUGGGGUUGGUCAAGAUGAAAGAAUAUUUGUGCAGAGACAACCGAUGUUGUUGGACCAAGACGAUGAGGUCCAUGGCGGGUACAAGAUUAUAGGCCGGAGCCUUGCUGUGGCUCUCCGAAAUCUCCGCCGCCGAGACCGCCCACGGCGACUGUGGAUCGACGCCAUCUGCAUCAACCAGGACAACAACAAUGAAAAGGAGCAUCAGGUUGCACGGAUGAGCGAGAUCUUCAAGUCUGCGCAUCGUGUCGUUGCCUUCCUCGGCCCGGAGGCUGACAACAGCGGCCUCGCGCUGCGGACACUACACCAUCUCGGCCGCCAGGUCGAGGUCCUAGUGCCCAACAUGCGCAUCCCGGCGCCUGGCGCCGCGCACCCGGACUGGGUCGAGCGCGCGGCCGAGCUCCCGUACGACGGCGCAACGUGGGACGCCAUCGACGCCCUCAUGAACAGGAAGUGGUUCACCCGGCUGUGGAUCAUACAGGAGGCCAGGCUGGCGGGCCGCCGCGCCGUGGUGCAGGCCGGCCCGGACACGAUCCCGCUGUCGCUCUUCCGGCGCGCCGUCAAGUGCCUGCGGGGCAAGGACCGGCUGCCGCUGCCCGAGCUGCGGCCCAAGCUCCAGGCCGCGCAGCAGAUGACCGACGACCAGACGGGCCUGACCUUUUGCGCCGUGCUCGACAUGGGCCACGGCCGCGGCCACACGGACCCCCGCGAUCGCGUCUACGGGCUCCUGGGCAUGGCGCCGCCGCGCCUGGCCGCCAAGAUCAGGCCCCAGUACUCAAAGGCCGUCGCCGACGUGAUGCGCGAGACGACCCUGACGCACGUGCGCCACUGCCUGCGCCUCGAGCUGCUCAAGCGCUGCCGCCAGGACGGCCGCGGCGCCGUCGAGGGCCUGCCCUCGUGGGUGCCCGACCUGACCUGCGGCAGCGAGGUCUCGUUCGACAUGUCGCGCCACUCCGACUUUGCCGCCGGCCACUCGCGCGCCCACUUCUGGCACCACCCGCCGCCGCCGCCGCCCCCAGCCGGGGGAGCCAGUGAUGUCUUGGAGGUCCUGGGCGUGCGCUGCGCCGUCGUCGCGUCCGUGUCGACCCCUCUCUUGCCAGGCGCCGCCGACCCCGCCGAGGUGAUACGGUCGUGGCAGCCGGCGGACUGGAGGACGGCGACGUGCCCGCCCACCAACACGCCCCUGGGCCUGGCGCACGCCGCGACGCUGCGCCGGGGCAUCUUCCAGGAGCGGUACCCGGGCUUCAAGUGCACCAACCGGAGGCGCUGGGUCCAGGCCAACUCGGGCGAGGUCGGCCUGAUGCCCGAGAGGCCCGGCGGCGGCGGCGGCGGCGGCACGACCAGGGCGCCGCCGCCCGACUCGGCCGCGCACGGGAGGGCCAUCAAGCUCUGCAUGGGCAAGACGUACGUCAGGACGAGGGAGGGCCACGUCGGCCUGGCUCCCGCUGGCGCGCGGCCAGGGGAUGUUGUCGCCGUCCUCCUCGGCUGCGACAGCCCGGUCCUCCUCAGACCGACCGAGGCUCUUGCAGGCCCCGAGGUAGAUACGACCAGCAGCAGCAAGGAGCAGCGGCAGCAGCAGCACCGCCGCUACUACUACACCGUCAUGGGAGAGUGCUUCAUCCACGGCCUGCAGGACGCCACGGCCCUGCUCGGCCCCCUCCCGGGGCCGUGGCGCGUCGAGCUGGCCGUCGCCCACGGGAACCGCCUGUCGGUCUGGUUCGUGGGCCGCAGCAGGAAGACGACGGCGGCGGCCGGCGGCGUUGUGCGCACGCGCGAGGACCCGCGCCUGGCGGGGGUCCCCCUCCCGGGCGCCUGGGAGCGGCUGCGCGGGCGGCGGGGCCUCCCCGAGGAGGAGCAGGACGGCGAGGGCGAGGGCGAGGGCGAGGAGGAGGAGGCGGACGACCCGGAGAUGUUUGACUACUUCCGCAACCGCGGCACGGGUGAGGUUGUCAACUCGGACCCGCGCAUGAUGCCCGAGGCGCUGGAGGCGCGUGGCGUAUCGGGGCUGCAGAGGUUUGCGCUUGUAUGACAGCAUUGUAUCGGGCACAAGGUAAUACUACCUCCUUAAAGCGCCCGCAUUGUUGUGACUGUGAUAACCCUCGUCUUGAAUAUCAUAAA